GAGGAGCGAGGCGUCGAGAGCGGAGAGGAGGAAGGGCGGAACGAUGCGGCCGAAAGACCCACCAAAACGACGAAAAUCGCCCCAAAAAGCGACACUGGCCAGGGCAGACGACGGCGGAUAGACGCGGCCUGGAAAAUGGGGAUUCCCUUGGUGUUUCACAAAGUGCGUCGAUGAAGAAAGGACAUCAUGUGACUCGCCCUAAAUGGGUUAACAUGUAGCCACCACGAAGACGAAGGAUUUGAGUGACCCGUACAGCAAUGGGGAAUUUGGAGACCUGCCCUGGUGGGAAGAAUUUCCAAAUUUGAAGAAAAAGAAGACAGCUCUACCCCAUUCAACUGGAUAUUGCUGAGGUGGAGACAGCGUUGUUUAACGUGAAGAAUGCAAGCGAUUUGGCAGUUAGCCAAAUUUUGGCAAGAUGAAACUUUUUUUCUGUCUGGACUUUGACGAUUGGAUUUUUACUUUAUUUUUUUUACGACAACAUGGACACUGGAACACUGUUGCUGGCUGUAUAGUGGACUUGUUGAAAAAUGUUUUUGGGAAACACAAAUCCGCCUGUGUACAUUUGAUAUUCAAAUGCUGUUUUUAAAUAAAGUGUAUGUCCACGUAUUUUUCCUGGCUUUGUUUCAUUAGCUAAUUAACCAGAAAACCACAACAGGAUAUUUGGCGUAAUAUUUUUUUUUACAGUGUUAGUCCAUUAUUUCCGCUGUAUGUUUUUAAUAUUUCAGCUAAUUCAUUCAACAAAUUAAUUAGGUUUGCAUUGACAUUGUGUCACUUGCCAUCAAGGUUUGCCCAGUUAAUUUACAAGCUAGCCAAGUGCUAAAGCUACGCACUGGGUUAAUGAAUCUCCUUAAAUAAUACUUUCUUUUCGAGUGUUUUAUACAAAAGGAAAUGAUCACUCGAUUGAUGAGAUGAAUGGAAAGGGGUUAAUGAAAGUGCACACUUGUGUUUUGAUAAAUCAUGAUUAAUGAAAAUAGAUGGAUACAUUCAUAAAUUGUAAAGUAGUUUUUUAAAAAGGUUUUGGUCUGAACAAAAAUGGUCUCCAAAAGGCUCCCUAAAAUGGCUCCUGAUCGUCCCUCUUCCUGUCUGAGCAGGAAGUGAUGCAAUUGGUGCAAAAGAAUUAUACACUUAAGCAGCCUCUCAAUAUUCUUACCUUUUUUAUGUAGUGGAAAAGAAAAGGGGUCCAGUUUUAAAGAUUGUUGUCCUGAGGCUGAAAUAAACAUGCAAGUUUAUAUAAAAGUACAUUUUAAAACAUAAUAAAAGGGGUGGGACUUAAACAUCACCUGAGUGUGGUGUAAAUGGAAAUAACGUCAAUCAAAGGCAAAGCUUUCAGAGCUAGGAAGGAGCUCUAGAUGGCGGCUGAGCCUUGGGAAGGGUGCCAUGGGCUUUCGUCAGACCGUUUCUGUUGCCUGUUUUUCGGCCGAAACCGCUCGAUUCUGAUGAAAACCAAGGGAUUUAAACGUACGAUCGGUGUUUUUACGGGAAUUUAGGCAUUUUGUGAGGUUUUUGGGUCGGUUUUUCGAGCCGAAUGAGCCGUCUGUGCGAGGGGAGUGCUUGUCGUUGUUUUCCAUACUGGGCUCUGGCAGCCAUGGCGCGCCUCCAUUUUUAGUGUGCUGCUCGCGUCUGUCUCUCUGAGUCUGACUGCUAGAUGAAGACUUUAAAGGCCUGCGAGCUUCACGAAAAGAGGCUCUUUCUGUAAUUUAUUGUUAAGUUAUUAUUUUUACAGUUUGUUUGUUUUUAUCCGAGUCGGAUAAAAACCCGUUGUGACACAGCGAAGUUGAAUCUAAUAGUUCAUUUAUAGGUUACCACCUUUUCCUUCACUUUGAAUUGGUCUGUUUACAUUGUGUAGUGCAUAAUUUUCUGGUUUUCUCACCUUUAAAUCUUAUUUUUCUUACCCUUCAUCUGAUGACGCAGUUAGAAUUAAUUGCAUGCGGCUUCAUCCGUGGACUAUAUGACAAGAUUUAAGUUGGAUAUUCUCCCUUUUUUUGUAUCGGCACCUGUCAUUUUCCUUCGCUUUUAUUUACAUUAUCGAUGUAAAUAAUGGUCCUCGGAUCGGUCCGAUUUAAUGCCUUUUUUCCUGACUCGUGUCGCACCGCCUGGGUUUUAACUGCCACCUGAGCAGAAGGCAGUCUUGUGGGACUUGUAUGAUAGUUCAUGCUUCCCUUCAACUUUUUGACCGUAAAUACCAGGAGACAAAAACAGAUCACCCAUCAAAAGACUUUCAGGAUAAUACGAUGAUGAAGAAUAAAAGUAAAAAACAAGAGGAUGAAGGAUCGACUCAGAGCAAUGCAUCAAGCAAUUCAGCUUCAGAGGAGUCCAACCGCUCUGCUUCGGAGUCUGGAAGUCAGUCAGAGAGCGAGCAUGGCAGCGAGAGGAGGAGAUCCCACAACUCCGAGUCGAACAGCUCCUCGGAGUCAGAGAGUCACUCAGAGUCAGGGAGCGAGUCCACCGGGUCCAAAUCACAGCAAACCACAUCAGAAGUCAAAGACAAGCCAGUUAGAAAGAAGGAGCGCCUGGCGGAUGUGAAGAAGGUAAAGAUGUGGGAAGAACAUCCAGAUGUGUACGGGGUCAGGAGGUCAAAUCGCAGCAGACAGGAGCCGGCUCGUUUGAACAUCGGAGCUGGGGGUAGCAGUGACUCUGAGAGCGAAAGUCCGAAGAGGAAAACUUCACGAGCCAAGAAAAAAGAAAAUAUCUGGAAUGAUGAUGACUCAAAUGGUGAAGAGGAAGAGGAGGAGGAGGAAGCUUCCGACAUUACAGACAGUGAGCAGGAAGAGAAAAAAGUUAGAUCCAGACGACUUCCUGCUAGAAGACCUCAAACCAAAUCAACAGCCAAAAAGCAGCUGGCACAAAAAGGAAGGAAGUCCAGGAAACCGGACUCAUCUGGUGAAGAAGACGAUGAGGAGGAGGAAGAUGACGAUGAUGAGGACGAUGAGGAAGACACUCCAAAGAGACAGACUAGAAGAAGGGGAGCAACAAAAGUCAAAAGUUACAAAGAGGACCAACAUGACUUUGAAACAGACUCUGAUGACCUGAUUGAAAUGACAGGGGAUGCAGGCGAGGAGCAGCAGGAUGAUGACAGUGAAACCAUUGAGAGGGUCAUGGAAACCAGGACAGCCAAAAAAGGAGCCACCGGUGCUUCCACCACUGUGUAUGCCGUGGAGGAAAACGGGGAUCCAAAUGAAGGCUUCGACCCCGAGAACGAUGAAGGCGAGGUUCAGUACCUGAUCAAGUGGAAGGGCUGGUCCUACAUCCACAACACGUGGGAGAGCAUGGACUCUCUGACGCUGCAAAAGGUCAAGGGACUAAAGAAAUUGGACAACUACAAAAGGAAGCAAGAAGAGCUGAAUUCAUGGUUGAGGAGGGCUUCCCCUGAGGACAUAGAGUUUCAUAACUGCCAACAAGAGCUCACUGCUGACCUGAGCAAGCAGUUUCAGUUUGUGGAGCGUGUUAUCGCUACAAGAACAGGAAAGACACAAGGGCCCUCUGACUUCCCCUCUCAUAGUCACAAGACACCCUCCUCUAAUGAGCCAGAGUAUCUAUGCAAGUGGAUGGGCUUGCCUUACUCGGAGUGCAGCUGGGAGGACGGAGCUUUGGUUAGGAAGAAGUUUCAGUCCUGCAUCAACAGCUUCACGAACCGAAGCACCUGUAAAACGGUCCCCUCCAAAGACUGUAAGGUGUUAAAGCAAAGACCCAGGUUUGUUGCUCUGAAGAAACAGCCGUCGUAUAUUGGAGACGAGAGCCUUCAGCUGAGAGAUUAUCAGCUGGAUGGGUUGAACUGGUUGGCUCACUCCUGGUGCAGGUGCAACAGCGUUAUCCUCGCUGAUGAAAUGGGGCUCGGAAAGACGAUCCAGACCAUCUCCUUCCUGUCCUACCUGUUUCACCAGCAUCAGCUGUACGGGCCUUUCCUAGUGGUGGUGCCUCUGUCCACGCUCACCUCCUGGCAGAGGGAGUUUGAGACCUGGGCCCCAGACAUGAACGUGGUCGUCUACCUCGGUGAUGUCAUGAGCAGGAAAACGAUCCGCGACUACGAGUGGGUGAACCAUCAGACGAAAAGAAUCCGUUUCAAUGCACUAUUAACCACUUACGAAAUUCUCCUCAAAGACAAGGGGGUGCUUGGGAACAUCAACUGGGCCUUCCUGGGUGUCGAUGAAGCUCACAGGCUGAAGAAUGAUGAUUCCCUGCUGUAUAAAACAUUGAUGGAGUUCAGGUCCAACCACAGACUCCUCAUUACUGGCACUCCGCUGCAGAACUCCCUCAAAGAGCUCUGGUCACUGCUGCACUUCCUCAUGCCUGACAACAGGUUUCAUUCCUGGGAGGAUUUUGAGGAUGAACACGGGAAAGGAAGGGAAAAUGGUUAUCAGAGUCUUCACAAAGUCCUCGAGCCCUUCCUCCUGCGGCGAGUCAAGAAAGAUGUGGAAAAAUCUCUCCCUGCCAAGGUGGAGCAGAUCCUCCGCGUCGACAUGACUGCACAGCAGAAACAAUUCUACAAGUGGAUUUUAACGAGGAAUUACAAAGCUCUCUCCAAAGGCACCCGAGGCAGCUCCUCCGGCUUCCUGAACAUUGUUAUGGAGCUCAAAAAGUGCUGCAACCACAGUUUCCUCAUUAAACAGCCCGAGGAUGGAGAAUGUGAAACACAAGCGGAACACCUGCAGGGUGUAGUGAGGGGCAGCGGGAAGCUGGUGCUGCUGGACAAGCUGCUGACCAGACUGAGAGAACGAGGCAACCGGGUGCUGAUCUUCUCCCAGAUGGUCCGGAUGUUGGACAUCUUGGCUGAAUACCUCACUAAGAAUCGCUACCCUUUCCAGCGGCUGGAUGGUUCCAUAAAGGGAGAAAUCCGAAAGCAGGCGCUUGACCACUUCAAUGCAGAAGGCUCAGAGGACUUCUGCUUCCUGCUGUCCACCAGAGCUGGAGGUUUAGGGAUCAAUUUGGCCUCAGCAGACACUGUAGUCAUCUUCGACUCCGACUGGAACCCUCAGAACGACCUGCAGGCCCAAGCCAGGGCUCACAGAAUCGGCCAGAAGAAACAGGUAAAUAUUUAUCGACUGGUCACCAAGGGAACGGUGGAGGAGGACAUCAUUGAGAGGGCGAAGAAGAAGAUGGUUCUGGACCAUCUCGUCAUCCAGAGAAUGGACACCACUGGUCGAACUGUACUGGACAGCAACUCAAGGAACACAAAUUCAAACCCUUUCAAUAAAGAAGAACUGACCGCCAUCCUCAAGUUUGGUGCAGAGGAGCUUUUCAAAGAGCCAGAGGGAGAAGAGUCUGAACCACAGGAGAUGGACAUUGAGGAGAUCCUGAGGUUGGCUGAAACAAGAGAAAGUGAUCAGGGCUCAAGUGCUACAGAUGAACUUCUGUCUCAGUUUAAGGUGGCCAAUUUCUCCAGCAUGGAAGAGAGCACUCCGGAGCUUGAGGGGAAGUCCAUUCGCGAAUGGGACGACAUCAUCCCUGAAGAGCAGCGCAAAAAAAUUGAGGAGGAGGAGAAGCAGCGGGAAAUGGAGGACAUCUUCAUGCUGCCCAGAAGCAGGAGCUCUAACAAGAGGGCUCAGGCCAAUGACAGUGAUAGUGACGUGGGCUCUAAGCUGAAGAACCGCUCCUCGGGCUCUGACAGUGAGACCGAUGAUAGCGAUGACGACAAGAAGCCAAAAAAGAGAGGCAGGCCGAGAGCCCGCAAGAACAACGUGGAAGGUUUCACUGAUGCUGAAAUACGCAGGUUCAUUAAGGCCUACAAGAAAUUUGGAUCUCCACUUGAAAGGUUGGAGGGCAUCGCCCGAGACUCCGAGCUGGUUGACAAGUCCAUCGCAGACCUGAAGAGACUCGGUGAACUGAUUCACACUAGCUGUGUGGCUGCAGUGCAGGAGCACGAGGAGCACCUUAAAGAGAACCCAGUUGAAGCCAAAGGUCCUGGGAAACGGCGAGGAAUCAACAUCAAGAUCUCGGGAGUGCAGGUCAACGCCAAGUCCAUCAUCCAGCAUGAGGAAGAGUUUGAGCCUCUGCACAAAGCAGUGCCCGUCAACCCUGCCGAGAGAAAUAAGUUCAAGCUGACGUGCAGGGUCAAGGUAGCCCACUUUGAUGUCGACUGGGACCUGCAGGAUGACAUUCAGCUCUUGCUUGGUAUUUACGAGCACGGCUUUGGUAACUGGGAUCUGAUCAAGACGGAUCCUGACCUUAAACUCGCUGAUAAGAUUCUCCCAGACGAUCCAAGCAAGAAGCCCCAGGGCAAGCAACUACAGGCGAGAGCUGAAUACCUCCUCAAGCUGCUGAAAAAAGAACAAGACAGUAGCGAUGUGUCUAAAACGGGGGAGGAGGUCAAAGUGAGGAAGAGGAAGCCGCGGGCGAAGAAGGAGAGCAAGAUCCUCAAGGACGAGCAGGGCAACGAUAUCUCCUCCCCCCGCCUGUCGGACAACCCGUCGGAGGAGGGCGAGGUCAAGGAUGACGGAACGGAGAAGUCCCCUGCCAAGAAAAGACAAAAGAAAAAGGACAACAAAGAGAACAAAGAAAAACAGGGAACCCCUAAAAAGGAGAAAGACGGGGACAAAGAAAAGAAGGGUGCCAAGCCCAGAAAAGAAAAGGCUAAAGGAGCCAAAGGGAAAAAGACUCAAGGUCCAGUCCACAUCACAGCUGGGUCUGAGCCCGUCCCUAUUGAAGGAAAGGAGGACGAUGAACUCGACCAGGAGACUUUCAGUAUUUGUAAGGAGCGCAUGAGGCCAGUGAAAAAGGCCCUGAAGCAGCUGGAUAAGCCAGAUGAGGGUCUGUCUGACCAGGAGCAGCUCCAGCACACUCGCACAUGCCUACUGAAGAUUGGAGACCGAAUCACAGAGUGCCUUAAAGCUUACAGUGACCCAGAACAUGUCAAAAUAUGGCGACGAAACCUCUGGAUAUUUGUGUCCAAGUUUACAGAGUUUGGUGCCAGGAAGCUUCACAAGCUUUACAAAAUGGCACAGAAGAAGCGAUCGCAUGAAGAGGAGAAGGAGCAGAAGAAAAAGGAGGACCCUGCAGGGAGGGCCAAAACCUUCAGACCUGAGCCGUCCGGUUCUAGUCGAGACUCUACGGGUACUCAGCCGUCCUCCAAAUCUGGACCUCACUCGAACCAGCCGGGCUCCCACGGACACCACAGAGAACAGUACAACCCAGCUAACAAGCGGCACUUUGGCAACGAUGACAGGGGAGACUGGCAGAGGGACCGCAAAUACAAUUACCCAGGUAACAGCAACCAGUCAUGGCAGGGAGACCGACAUCACCCCUAUGACCCACACCGCUACAAGGAGCACUACAACGAUCGGCGCUCACAUGGAGACCCGUAUCGCAGCUCCGGCAGUUACCGCAACAACAGCUCCCCUCGCAAAAGGUCAUAUGACCAGUACAGCAACGACCGGGACCACAGGGGUCACAGACCUUACUACGACAGGCAUCCAGACCCCAAAAGAAGACGCGGUGAUGAGUUCCAUCCCAACUACCACCAGGGAAGAGACGGCCCCCUUCAGGACUUCAGGAGGAUGCCGGAUCACAGGCCAGCAGGUCCAGCGGGGCCCGAGCACUACAGCCGACCCUUCCACCCGGACAAACCUCCCCCGCUGCUGGACCCUCGCUCCCCGCAGGCCCAGAAGUCUCCCCAGGACUCUCGCUCUCCCCCCGAGCGGCCCGCAGAUCCGAAUGCCGCGGCGGAUCCGAACUGGAACAACAGGAAAACAUAAAGGAGGCCGGUGCUGUCUCAGAAAACUGAUCUGUGUAUUUUGUCCAGGGUCAAAGCCACAUGCUGCUGAUGGACAAAUGUGGACUCACCAAUCAUAAGCUCACAGUUGGAAAGGGAAUCAACCUGUACCUUCUUUACCAGCAAAACUGUUUUGCUCUUUUCCCCCCCGUGACUGUGGCUGUGAAUGAUUCGUGCCCUGAAGGAAGGAGUCGGUUUCCUCCUGUCAUCUCCAUGAUGAACACAAACAUAAACUAAAAUACGCAUCUUAUUUAAAAUGAAUUGACUCGAUCAGUGACUAAGACUGAGUGGAACGCUGAUGGAUGCUUAGUCCCAUGGACUAUUAUCUGAAGUGACUUUAGGAUACAUGAACUGACGACUGAUCACAAUCCUAGAAGUGCCUGAAGGUUUUGGCCUUUCUGAAUGGUAAAUGUAUGGGAUCAUUCCCAGAGGACGCAUGUCAUGGACUUCAUUAUUUUUUUGUGUUUAGCUUUAAAAUGAUGUCAUUUAGAACAUGUCAGUACAAAAGAAUGUGUUAUGUGUUAUCAUAUGCACCUUUCUAAAUGUUUAAUCUUGAACAUGUAGCUGAAGCUGAAUCAUGGAGUAUCGCCACGUGGCGUGGCGUGAGGUGGGGGCGGCCUAAUUCUCUUUGAUUGUGAACGAUCAAUGAAGCCAGUAUGCUUCCUCCAAGCACUCGACACGCAGUUAGAGAAAGUUUUUUUAGCUGAUUCAGUUUUUCCUCCACGUUGUACAGAUAAUCACGACUUCUGUAAUUGUGUAGCGACAUGAAUCAUUGCAGUCCUCUUGCUCUGUUCACUUUAACCACUGUUUGUCUUCGUAGGUGAUGAAUUGGAAGCUUCUUAAGCAGUAUUUAUUGCAACAACUUGUGCAAAAAGGUUCAUAACACUAUGACGUAGAGAAAUAUCCUUUAUUUUUUGCCUCUCAGUAUUAUGCUGGACAAGAAUGGUACUUCAGUGUAGUUUCAGUAAUUCACCCAUCUUUUCCACCUCCUGUAUGUAAGUACUCAAUUAUGUCCGGAAAUACUAUGUGUUAAAAAAAAAAAAAAAAGUUUUCUUUCCUAUGCUAUGGUUUGGCAGUAUGUCUGACCCACAGACUGGUAGGUUGUUAAAGGGUUAUCAGGAAGUUGCUAAUGCCAUUUUAUUGUGUUUAUUACCUUUUGGUCACUCCUUCUCCUGUGCCAAAUCUGGUUCCGCUCUGGCCCUCAAAUGUUUUUUUUUUUUGUUUUUUUUUAAAUGCUUCUCCAUUUGUGCCUUAUUUAUGUGUAUUAUCAUGCUGUAUAUUGGUCCAUGGACAGUACUGGGGCCGAACAACAGGCGGGACGUGUAGUAUUACAGCCACAUUUUAAGGAAAAUGAAAAGAAAAACAAUGAAGGGACCAUGUAUUCUGGUAAUCAUCGUGGGUUUUUUUUUUUUUUUCCAAAAAGAGUUGAUGAUUUGAGGGGAAAAUAUAAAACAUUAAUAUACAGAAUGGAUUGUGUGUAGGGGUUUCGUCAGGGGCACUUAACCGACCUGUUACAGUGAACAGCCAGCACAUCUUUUCUUCCAAGUUAAGCAAGCUACGGUUCCUGUAUCAUAUGUUCUUUAAGAAAAGUCUAAAUAAUUUAUAUUUGUGACAAAAACCACUCUUAAUGAGAAACGUGCUGUACAUAUGUUUGGACAUAUGUAAUAAACUUUGUUACACAA